AUGAGCGCGUUGUAUGCGCGCGCGUCCGGGUCCGGUAUUCCGUCGAACAGGUCGCGUGCGCGCGAUGUUGUGCUCGAACUGCCGGUGGUGGUGGUCGAGGUGGCGCGGACGUGGAGAGGAGGUGGGCACCCGGAGGACGGCGAGAUCGACAAGAUGGGCGACAAGCUCCGGGACCACAAAAACUUCUUGGCUGAUGUUGACAGGAGGAACGAUACCAUUCAAGAGUGGGUGGGGCAGCUCAAGCGUGCCAUGUAUGAAGCUACCGACAUCCUCGACCUCUGUCAGCUCAAGGCCAUGGGGCGUGCAUCAUCUACUGCUCUAGACGCAAGGUGUUUCAACCCCUUGCUCUUCUGCAUGCGGAAUCCCUCCCAUGCUCAUGAGAUCGGCACCCGCAUCAAGACGCUCAACAAGAAGCUUGACUACAUCAAGGAGCGAAGUGCUGCUUUCAACUUCGUCAAUCUCGGGUCCUAUGCAGAUCAUAACAACAAUGCCCAUGGCUUUCGCCAUUGUAAUACAAGUCGGGAGACGGUAGGUGACUUCGACCGGUCAGCUAUUGUUGGAGACAAGAUUGAACAAGACACAAGAGCACUGGUGGCCCAGAUCAUGCGGACGGGAAUGGAUGUCAACAAUGGCAUCAUGGUGGUUGCUAUUGUAGGUGUUGGUGGGAUCGUCAAGACCACCCUCGUCCAGAAGGUCCUCAAUGACAAGGCAAUCCAAGGAAGCCGAAUCCUCGUCACUACCAGAGAUGAAGUUGUUGCCCGAGGGGUGAAAGCUGGCCGUACCACCAUGUCGACAUAUUAG